CAGCUCAACAUUCCUGGCGAAGUUGAUUACGUCGACUAUCACGUGACCAAGCGUGAUCAUGUCUUCGUGCUCGACUUCGACGACUUGUGUCGCGCACUUCGAGCCCGAGAAGUCAUUCGACAGAUGCUCGAACAUCCCGAUCUGGAUCCGUCCGGUGCCAGCAUCCGUGUGGAGUUCAUCGACCCGUGCGAGGCCUCUGGUCGUCGUCUUGCUUUCGAAGGGAAUCUGCGGGUAGCAGCCAAGCCUCUCGAGGCCCAGGUCCAUGUUCAAGUCAAGUUUCUGAUCGCUCCCAACUGGCCUCGCCCUUAUGCCCCUCACGACAACCCAUCCAUUACCCAUCAUGAGGAGGUUGGUCUUGUUCUGUGCACCAGCUAUUUUGCCAAAUACGCUCCCGUAUUCCAUGCACACUCAGACCACGGACUUCAGCGAAUUGACACAGAUACUCUCACCUACCAUCUGGAGCUCGACUCCGUCGCGGCUGCAGAGCAUCUUGUCCUUCACUGGGCCGACCCUCGGGGUAGAGCCUGGCUGGGUCGCCAAAUGUACAUUUCGGGUUUCGCGGGGGUGUACUGGCACGUUUCGAGCAUCACUCCAGCCGGAUCACAGCAGGGACUCGCUCUUCAGUAUCCUCCCGAAGAUGGUCCCGGCGGUGCUGGGUCUCGAAUCCGCCUCUUCACUUCGCAGGGCGGCCCUCCAGUUCAUGUUGGACAUGGAAGCACUUAUCAUCCUUACGGAUCCUGCAAUGAUCGUCAAUUCCCCCCCGGCUCUGGUGGCUUCGCCAAUCCAGCGAUGCAAAUCAGUGGUGUUAUCAAUUGUGGCAAUCUCGCCGUCCGACGCCAUAGAGGACGUACUUGGAAUCCGCAUGAUAACACCGUCUCGUUCGUCCACAUCUUGGAUGGCACGGAUGUCCGAACCACUAUCAUGCUUCGGAACAUCCCGAACAAGAUGACCGAUAUGCAACUACUGAAGAUUCUCUACGAUGCAGGCUUCCGAGGCCUUAUCGAUUUCAUGUACUUGAGAAUGGAUUUUAAGUCAGGCGCCAAUGUCGGUUAUGCCUUCUUCAACUUGACAUCCCCAAUCCACAUCAUCAAGUUCCUGGAGCAUUUUGAGGGCAGACCGUGGCCAUUCCACACAACCGGCCCGACGAUGAAGCUCGCGGAGAUCUCGUACGCGACAUCCCAGGGCCUGGAGGCGCUGAUCCAGAAGUUUCGCAAUUCCUCAGUCAUGAGGGAAUUGAAGUGUUGCCGCCCAAAGUUGUUCUACACUUUCCAAGACAACGUUCGCAUUGGCCUGGUUGGCACGGAGGUAGAAUUUCCAGCGCCCGAUAAUGAGCAGAAACUGGAGCGGUCCAUCCAGAACGCACAGAGCAUUGGCCUAUUCCCUCCUAACGGCCGCGGCGGCGCCUCUCCCAAUCGGCGGGAUCGCUUCUCCAUGUUCGACCGUGGUACCCCGCGGGAUCUGGCGGCUGCGCAUUACCCGAUGGCUGGAUACGGACCGAUCUCACCGAUGCAAUUCCGACAUGCAAACGACAAUCACCCCUUCGGCUACUGAGCACGAUUCCCAAGCAUGCUACUACCCCUUUGGACUGUUUGAGGAUUGGCAGCGGAACAGUCUUUCUGGGUGCUUGGCUGCGUGGCGAUUGUAUAUGCGUUGGUCUUGACACCGACGCGCGACAAUGUUCUUUCUUAUGUGUCUCAUAUGGAUGCGAAAGGUAUGCACUCACUUGU